GUCAUUUCUUCGUCGGUUCUGCAGCAUGGGGGCGCUGUUGCUGUGGCUCCUCGUGCAGACGGGGCUUUUGCAGGGCUCCAGCUACGUGUACGGCUACGGGUACGUGGACUGGGCGGACGGUGAAAAUGCACGUGGGGAUGCGGAGGCGCCUCAGCGGCCAACGAUGCGCACCACUGUGGCGCACCGUCUGGAGGAAGACGUGCCAAAGGUGGUGGCAGCUUUCCUGCACACCGGGGACUCGUCUGCAUUGGCGCAAGCGAACUGCUCACGCCGCUACGAGUUGGGUGGAUUGCGAGCCUCCUCUUCCUCCACGUCAAGGCAUUCCUUGCGGCCGGCCGUGGAGGCCGUGGUGCGAGCCGCUGGCCUGCUGAAUGGCCUGCUGCCUCUGGGGGACGGGCAGCCACAGCGGGACGCGGUGUGGUAUGGCGCACUGGUGCGCAGCUUGCUUGACGCGGACCUCAGGAUCCACCGGGCAGCGUUGGCACUCCAGGCCAAGCCACGGCUGCUCCUGCAGGCUACCAGGAGUGGCGGGCACGUGGCGGUGAGGGACCUAAAGGAGUCUGAGUGGCAUGAUGAGUUCAGGGAGCGGAAGAGGGUGCAUGGGAUCAGAGGUCGAGGUCCAGAGCCAGGCGAGAUAAAGUGGUCAGCGCCGUACCUGGAAUGUGAAGGUGGAAGCUUUGUGCCACACUGGCUGUUAACGCUGUCGUCAGGGAUUUACGCGCCAGGGACGGAUGCGGCGGCACCGGAGUUCAGAGGGGUCGUGAGAGUCGAUGUGAAUCUGCAGGACGAGGACAUUGACCAGUGCUCCAGCAGCGGCUGGUUUGCAGGCACCCACCGCUGCAAUCUGACCACUAUGGAGUGUAAACCCGUCCCAGGACACGGCUUCGUUCUGGACAAGUAUAAGUGCCAGUGCAAGAGAGGCUUCUACUCACCCAGCCGAGUGGCACUCAACGGCGUUUCAAAGUCGGAGCAGGGUCUCUACAGUGACGAGCCCUCGGACGUGUCCGUGCGAUGCCUGCCGUGUCGCGAGGGCUGCUCCUUUUGUCGGGACGACUCGCCGUGUCUGGCACAGGAGGACGGCGUCCUGCGGGUGGCCGUGGCCUCCUUCCAGGGCCUCUGCAUGCUGCUGGACUUCAUCAGCAUGCCGGUGGUCUACCACUUCCGCCGCAACAAGAGAAUCAAAUCUUCGGGUCUGAUUCUGCUGGAGGCCAUCUUGGCAGGUGCUGUUCUCCUCUACUUCCCUGUGAUGAUACUUUACUUUCAGCCAAGCGUGUUCCGCUGUAUUCUCCUGAGAUGGGUUCGCCUCCUGGGCUUUGCUACUGUCUACGGAACGGUGAUCCUCAAGCUGUACCGGGUGCUGAAGGUGUUCCUGUCGCGCACGGCCCAACGGAUCCCCUACAUGACCAGUUGGCGUGUGCUGCGCCUGCUGACCGCCAUCCUCCUGGUGGUCCUCUGGUUCCUGGUGGCCUGGACCUUGGCCAUGUGCCAAAGCACAGACAUCCAUCAUGCUCUCGUUGACGUGGGGGUCACCCCAGAGGGCCUGCAUUUCAACAUGUGCCUGCUGGACCGCUGGGACUACAUGAUGGCUGUUGCGGAGUUCCUGUUCCUGCUGUGGGGCGUCUAUCUGUGCUACGCCGUGCGAACCGUGCCCUCCGCCUUCCACGAGCCGCGCUACAUGGCAGUCGCCAUCUAUAAUGAGCUCCUCAUCUCUGCGAUAUUCCACAUCAUUAGAUUCACCCUGGCUCCUGGACUGCACCCAGACUGGAUGCUCAUGUUAUUUUUUGUCCACACACAUUUGACAGUGACGGUGACUCUGGGUUUGCUGCUCAUCCCAAAGUUCCUAUUCACUGGUACUCACAUGCAGGAUGACAUUGCUACUGAGGCCUAUGAGGAUGAGCUGGAUAUGGGCCGGUCCGGUUCUUACCUGAACAACAGUAUAACUUCAGCCUGGAGUGAACACAGUUUGGACCCUGAAGACAUUAGAGAGGAGUUAAAAAAGCUCUAUGGCCAACUAGAGAUCUAUAAGCGGAAGAAGAUGCUAGCCAAUAACCCUCAUCUCCAAAAAAAACGCAGUUCCAAAAAAGGCAUUGGACGUUCUCUCAUGCGGCGCAUCACAGAAAUACCAGAGACGGUGAGCCGUCAGUAUAGUCGUGAGGACAGGGACGGAAGUGAACAUGGCAGCAAUCGCAGUACCCUACGGAGAAACCCAUUUGAGCCUUCCCACAGCGGGAAGUCCAGAGAGGAAUCUCUGAAGAACAGGGUGUUCUCCCUGAAGAGGUCCCACAGUUAUGACCAUUCGCACGAUCAGGGCGAAACUGCAAAUGGGGGUCCAGCAGACAAAUUGGAGAACUCAACCACAGAGUCAUCUCUGCUGGACACCUUGAUGGGCAGAAGGUCUGCAAAGAAAAAUCCUGAGGUGCCAAAGGUGGAGCCUGCUGAAUCUGCUGAGUCAGUACCACUGGUGUGCAAGUCUGUUAGCGCACACAACUUAGCAGCAGACAAAAAGCCUGUGCAUCUCCGGACCUCAAUGCUACAGAAGUCUUUAAGUGUUAUUGCCAGUGCCAGGGAGAGAACAUUGGGGCUUGCGGGAAAGACCCACAGCGUUGAGGAUGCCAGCAAAAAAGGCCUCAAGACCCGAGACACCAGAAUGCUUUCAGAGGUAGAUGAAUCACCUGAAUGCUUUCCAAAGAUGAUCAUCAGCCAAUCUGUCGAGUACACCAAGACCCCAAGCAAAAUGGGUAUCAUGAAGCAACAAGUGAGCGGCAGUCAACCUUCCAUUUGCUCUGAGCCAGGAAGGAGCAAGGACCUGUAUGACCUUUCUGAAGUUUGCCCAUGGGAAAUGGAAGACUUGCCCACUCCAUCAGAGGGGAAGGCCCAAAAACAUGUUUCAAUUGCACCAAGUGAAACCACCACAAUCCACGGGAGCAGCUACAAAAGUGGACGGUCUCAGCACAAACAAAAGACGACGAUCCAGUCUCCGUCAAACCGGCGCCGCUCCAGAGACAAGGGUAGCACAAGGGAGGAAGAGAGCGACAAGCAUGAGGGAAGAAAGCCCAAAUCACCUCUUAAACUGACCGCCCACAAAGGAGAUGUUUGCCCUUGGGAAUUUGAGGAUCCAUGUUCCAAAGGAUUGGAGUCUGAGAUAACCAGCCGCAAGAAAAGUGUUACCCCAACAGAUGGAAAUCCCAAGAUGAUCCUCUCCGACAUCUCCAAGUCAACUGGAAGUCUUCUGCAGCCUCCAGCGCUCAUGGUUGAGAUUUGCCCUUGGGACUAUGAUCAACCUCCUUCCCCUAACCAGGAGAAGACCUCCAGCCCCACACACCAUUCAAAGAGAAGGGACUCUAACGCGAAGAGAAAAGGUUCCUGCUCGUCAAAGGUGAAAGGGAAGGAUAAAGAGGACGAUAAACAAAGACCCAAAAGCAAGGAGAGGAGAAGCUCUUCAAGCAAACCUUCAGAGAAACGUCGCAUCAGUCAAACAUCAGAUAGCAGCCAGGCUACCAUGACAGCAUCUGGUAGGAGGAGGAGCUCAACAAGGGAGGUUGGGAUCACUGACAGUAAACGUGCUGAAGCAUGCCCUUGGGAAACGGAGUGCGUGCCGAGUGUCACCUCAAGGGACAAGCACUCCUCAGAUAGGGACAACCACACACCUUCUCAAACAACAACAGCAGCAGCUUCCGCAGCCAGUAAACUCGACAUGGCUGAGGUGUGCCCGUGGGAUUUCAGUGCAUGACACUUUCGCACACAUUAACCUUUUUGAAAAGAGCUGUUGAAUUUUACUUACAGCGUGAAGCUCUCCAGACUGGGUUUCUGAGGCAACUGAAGGUGACGUGGACGUUACAUUUGAGGAAUUGCCUUAUGUUACCUCUCGUUUCGUUACAGUUUUUAAAGCAGAACACUGUUCAUCCAAAAAUGCAAAACAAACUGCUGAAAUAUGUUUGUGUUGUUUUUAGGAACAUGUUGCAUCCUGAUGAUUGAAAACCACAACCUAAUUCACUGGUACUUUGUUUACAUGCACUUUAAGAAAUUUGAAGGGAAAGCGUCUUGAAAAAAUGGUCCAAGGUUCAAGGCAAUAACCAAUACCCUGAGUUUUGGACUUGUAGAUUAUUAUUAUACUCUAAAAACUGAAACAUGAGUUGGUUUCUAAAAAUGGCUGCUGCAUGAGCUCACAAUCUCUGAAACUGGUGAGGCCAACAUACCUGCUACCCUUCCUUCAGCUUUAUAGUGAAUCAAGUGGAAGGGUCACCAUUUUGUUGUUCUAAUUUCACAGGGUGCACUUAUAAAUGUAGUGCUUCAAACUAAAUUUAAUGAAACACUAACAAACUUGUAUUUUUUUAUUUAUCUAUUAUUCUUUUACCCAAUUUCCUCCCCAAUUUAGUCAUUGCCAGUUCCACCUGCUAGCUAGGUCUCCCCCUCUCACAUGAUGCUCCCAAAUUGGUAGGGUGAAGGUUAGCAGAUGCUUCUUCUGAGACCAAAGGGCCACUAGUUACUGCUACCUGCCAGCAAUGCAACGUCAUUGCACUGCUUUUUCUGGAGGAGAACGCUAACUGCCAAUUCUGUUAUCUUAGCUAAUAGACAACCAUGUUGGCUAGCAUUGUGCUGAAUUAUGGGGUGGGGGGGAUCCAUCCUACCCUGUCUUGGACUCUCAGAUGGCUGUGGCAUCGCCAGGGAUCGAAGUCUCACGAUUAGACAGUUGCGCCAUCCAAGAGUGUCCCCAAAAUUCAAGGCUAAUAAUUUGUAUUUUAAAACUGGAUUUGCACAGAAAUUAAGC